AUGCUCCAACAUCUCCUCACAGCCGUCGGCAUUCUCUCCGUCGCAACUGACGCACAAACGCAGCCCCGGCGCCGAUGUGCCUACGGAGACGACUGCUGGCCAGAUAUUCAAACAUGGAACGACUUCAACGCCACCGUUGGUGGAAGACUGAUUCGCUCCGUACCCUCUGCAGCAGUGUGCCACACUGAGCGGUACAAUGCAGAGAAAUGCACCGUCGCAAAGGAUAGCUGGCUGGAUAGCUUCUGGAGAACGAACCAAACAGGGGCAUAUGCUGCUACUGUAUGGGAAAUGGGACAGACUGGACAGUGUUUCAUUAAUACAUCUGUCAGUGCGCCGUGCGACCAAGGGAUAGUACCAUAUUAUAUGGUGCGUGCGGGGAGUAUGGAGGAUAUCCAGGCCUCUGUGAAGUUUGCAAGUGAGAAAGAUCUCUUGCUGGUGACGAAGAAUACUGGUCAUGAUCACCUCGGCCGCUCAAGCGGAAAAGGAUCGUUUGGGAUCUGGACGCAUAAUUUGAAGGGCAUUGAGUUCCACGAUUCAUUCACGUCCCAGGGUGCACCGGCUGACACUAGUGGUAUACCCGCAGUAACCUUACAGGCGGGUGAGCAAUGGUUUGACGUGUACCAAGCCGCCGCAAAACAUGGAGUGUUGGUCGUUGGCGGUUCGGCGCGCACCGUUGGUGCUGCUGGAGGAUAUGUCCUUGGGGGUGGCCAUUCGCCCUUUGCGCAUUAUUAUGGUCUUGCAGCAGAUAAUCCGGACUAUUUCUGGGCUGUUCGAGGUGGAGGUGGAAGUGCCUGGGGUGUCGUCACAUCGGUCACCUACAAAACUCAUCCAGUCCCACAGAACCUCACAAUGGGUCUAGUCCAAUUAAACGCAACGAACACAUCUAGCUUCAAACGCGUCAUAGCGGAAUCUGUCAAGCUGCUACCGGCUAUCACAGAAGCGGGCUACACAGGAUACGGGACGCUAGAAAAUGGUUUCGCCGCUCUCUUCCUUAAGCCCAACGGUACAAUCGCAGAUUUCAAUCAAACGUUUGCUCCAUUCUUUAAUCUGUCUCGGCUUCCAGGUAUCCAGGGAGAGGUCGCCGCGUAUCCGUCGACCUGGGACGGAUAUGUAAAAACCUUCCUUCGAGACCCUAAUAUCGGAACGAAUAUCCAGGACACAUCCCGGUUGCUGACAUCUGAGGUGAUUCAGGAAAAGGCGGAAGAGUUGGCAGAGUUUAUAGUGAGUAACAAGCAAGGGGGGGCAGGGUUCAAUUUCAUUGGUAAAGUCAACAACGAUGAGCGCGACAAUACUGCCGUGCAUGACGUCUGGAAACACAGCCACGGUCUUCUGAGCGUGUCUGUGGAUUGGGCAGAUACCGCCACAGACAGCGAAAAACAGGAAAAGCGGCAUCAAACUGUACAGUUGAGCAAACGACUUACAGGAAUAGUCGGCUCAGAGGGAGGUACAUAUGUGAAUGAAGCCAAUCCAUACGAACCCGACUGGCAAAAUGUCUUUUGGGGAAAAAAGUACGACCGGCUGCUGGCGAUCAAGCAACGAGUGGAUCCCACACAGUUGUUUGUGUGCAAUCGUUGUGUCGGCACCGACGUCGUGAUCCAGCCAUAA